GAGGGGCUUUCAUGGGAGAACUAUAGGAGAAAGGGCUGGAUGGGAAAGAUAGACAGAGCGAGGGAUACGCACAACGCGUAAAGAAAAGCAACAAGAGUAAAAGAGGGGAAGCCACGCUGCAGACGACCAUCGAGAGAUAAGGUCUGGAUAUAAAUGCUGACUCCGCUGGCUGGGGAAUAAUAACUGCAGCGAGAAACCCGGAGGAUACAGAGAAAGGGGGGGAAACGGAGAGAAGAUGGAUGUACAAACGGAGAGCACGGACCCCCCGCCUAGUGAAUCCCAGUCGAGGGGAAAGAUCAGAAAAGGAUUCAAGCUGUUUGGCAAACGCAAGCCAGGUAACAUCUUUUCUCUUCGAAGCCAAGGGGAUGGAAACCACAAGUCACCUGUCACAAGGAGCAGCACCGUCGAUGGAUUAUCGCCCGACUCGGAGCAGGAGCAGGACAGGGAAAACGGGCAGGAGGAGAGUCAAGGAGAGAGGGAGCAGGAAGAGGAAGAGACACUCGGCGAAGAUGGCGUUCUGGCGGCCGCUCACGCUCGCGCCUCCAUUUCUUCAGCCGGCUCAGCCAAGUCCCUCAGCUUCCUGUCGCUGCUGAGGGGAGGCCGGAGAGGGACGGGGGACCGCAGGGUCCGCACCGUCACCCAGCCCACGGCGGGUCGGCAACGCCGCGGGCUCAAGGGUCUCUUUGGCAACGUUAAGUUCCGAUCAAAGGACAAAGAGGAGGAAGCCCCUCCGAGCCCACUUCUCAUGUCCUCACGGGCCAACAGUGUGGAAAUCAUCAAAGAUGACCUCGUCCUGACCCCGAAACCCCAGCAUCGCUCUCUGGACAGCCCCGAGACGGAGAGCUGCGAGCCCGACGUGAGCCUAACACCACAGGACAGUGCGUGCACGUCCCCAUCAGAGACCUUGACCGCCAAGGGGCCGGCAGGCGACGUGAGUAGAACUAACGAGCAUGUGCCGCCUUUGCCCGCAUCCGAACCGCCCCUGGUACCCGGAGACAACAGCCUGAGCUGCCUGCUGGCUGACAUCUCCUCGCUUCUGACCUUCGACUCCAUAACAGGCGGCGGAGACAUCAUGGCCGACGUGGAGGCAGAGUGGGGGAAAGCCAGCAGUCCCGUCAACGCCGGGGGGGCCGAGCACACAGCAUCCCCCACGUCGGUGUUCUCCAAACCCUCCAUCUCAUCCCCGGCGACCUCCGCUCCGGUCAGCGACGCCGCUACGGCGAGGCCUUCGCCCGCAGCCGUCCCCGCGACGGCCUCGACCCAAUCCUUUGCACCUCUGACACGGACAACCACAGCCUCUCCUCCCGUUGCUAAGCCGAGCUCCAUCAUCACCACUUUGACCAAAUCUUCCACUUUGACCGCUCCCCCGGUCAAAGCGAGCCCGGACUCUGCUCGGCUCGCGCGCUCCGAGGCGUCUCCGAGCGCCGCGACUAAAUCGACCCCUCCUCCCGUCACAACAAAACCCUCAACUACCCCUUUCACACUAACAAGCUUUUCAGCUCCAAUUAUGUCGCUCCCUUCGGUGCCAAUUAAAUCCACACCGAGCUCCACCUCUGUUGCUCAAACAGCUCCACCCAAUGUAGUCAGUGAACCUUCCAUCGGUCCAACUCUUACAUGUUCGGUUGGCAAACGGGAAUCUAUCACCUCCGUAAGUAAACCUACCCAUGUGGCGACUCCAGCCCCAGCAUCGAUUAAGACUCCACCAGUUACCCAUAGCCCUCCCACCCCUGUUGCUUUUACUCAACCUCCAUCUGCUAAAUUAGAUUCAGCCAGCAGUUUAAACCAGCACAUUUCCACGCCCUUCAGACCUUCCCUAAGUUCAGCUGCAGGAGAACCUAAAACCCAGGUGACAGCGUCACCUCCCUCUGCAGUCACUACCAAACCCCUCUUUCCUUCUCCGGCUGCCCCCUCCAACGGGACAACCGUUCCCACUCCAAUAACAACCUCUGGCUCGGUAUCUGCGGCCCUGUCCAAACCUACGCCCACCUCUAGUCCGACGGACAUGAAUAAGAACCCUCCCUCCCUUGUAAUUGCUCACAAUAAGUAUCCUACCCCAUCUGUCACAUCUAGUACCCAAGCCUGCCCUGCAUCUGUCACGACUCCAUCUUCUGUCUCAUUAGAUACGAUUCCUCCUACGACUAAACAUAUUCCUGCACCAGUCUCUUCGGAUAAAAUGCCCCCUGCUCCCACUCCGGCCCCGGCCCCUACCCCUCAUGCUGUUGUUCCUACUGCAUUCCCAACAACUCUUGCCCCGGCUCCGAUCCCAGCACCUCAAUCUCAAGAGCCUCCUGCUUCGGCUAAAAUCCCAGAUUCUGUGUCUAAAGACCCACCUGCUCACGUGCAGGUUUCUCGGUCCAAAGUCUCUCCUGUCAUUGCUCAGAUCCCGAUCCAUGCGUCUACUGAUCCCCCUGCUCCAGCUCAAAUGCAGGUUUCUCACUCUAAAGCCCCUCCUGUUCUCGCUCAGACCCAUAUUUCUGUAUCUAAGCCCCCUCCUGUUAUUGCUCCAAUUCCAGCUUCUGUAUCUAAAAACCCUCCUGCCCCUGCUCACCUCCCAGUGUCCAUAUCUCCUGACCUUCCCGCCCCUGUUCGUAACUCAGCUUCUGUCUCUAAAGACCCUCCCGCUCAGAACACAGUUUCUCAAUCUAAACCCCCCCCUGCAACGUCCCCGGCCCUUUGUCCCAUCACUUCCCCUCCUUCCACUCCUUCCACUCCCUCCACUCCUUAUUCUCCUCCGGCCGCAUGGUCGAGUGCGGCACCGGCCUCGGCCAAGAUCAGGGCAAGCGGUCAGGCAUCGGCCGAUGAGCAACUGAUCAGUCCAAGCGGCACGUGUGCCCCGGGGGCCCAGACCACACUGUCGAAAACAGAAGAACUGCACAGCGAGUCCCGAACGAGCCUCUCCAGGGAAAGCAGGAUACCGCUGGUGAAGGCGUCAGGACUACGCAAAAUACCCGUAGUCGGAGGGGGCAGAGCGGGGAAGCCGCCCGUCCGGGACGGUCAGCAUGUUGACGACCCGCCUACCCCUGUGCUGGAGGAAGAGAGGCCCCGUUUCCACUCACAUGACGCAGUGGGGAGAGACAAAAGCAGUGAUUUUCAAUUCGAUGCGCCCGCCUCAAAGCCAACCCAGGAGGAGAGUCCGCAGCCUCCCCAGACGAAACCUCUCGCCGCUUUGCCGCGUGACUCAAAGAUCCCCGUGAAGCACGCCGCGCAGUCUCACGCCGCGUCCCAUGCGCCGCAAGCUAAAGAGCCGUCCCGCACCAAGAUCCCCGUGUCCAAAGUUCCUGUCCGCAGGGCCGGGAACAAAGCUGCAGCCGCAGGUGGCAUCGCUCAGAUGAGAAAAUGAACAAACUUGGCUUGAUUCAUUCAAUGACAGAGAUUAUUUGCAACUUUUUUCUCUCUCAAAUGUAACUCAAUAAUCACCCUUUUUUUUCCCUUGACUGUUAUAUUCUUGGCUUCACUGCACCACAAGCGACAGUAACACAGGCAAGAAGGCCUUCAGCACAAAACAUCUCCACGAGGAGCCCAAGCAACAAGCCCGGCUCUUUGGUGCUGAGGCAACUGGACACGCACUCAGGAAAGGUUCGGGUUUGCACCUGAACAAAUAGCAGCAUCGGUGACUAAGGAUAAGCAAGAAAAAAGAGGUCUUCUCGGAUCACAGUCACACACACACACACACACACACAACAUGGGCGAGUGCCUUUUUAAGGGUGCUUUUUCGGACCGACUCUUGGAAUCUUUUCUACAGUACUUGCAGUAGCUUUUGUUACUCCCACUUUUUGUAGAAAUCGUCAAACCUAUUGGUCCUUCUUUUGCAGCAAGUCUCUUUACUUUUUACGUAUGUCCGGAGAAGAACAGCAGAAGCUCUAUCAAUUAAUGCAACAACCAAAUUUACAUUCCACACCUAUCUUUGGAUGUAAGUAGCAGAAACAGUGCCAUUCAUUUUAACGCUGAUGAUGUUGGGACUGUGUUGCUCAAACGCGACAUGAUUAGAUCUCACUGUGAACUCUGGGAGAGAAUAGUUUGGAGGGAGGAGUGGAAUAUCAGUGAAAUGGACAGUGGACAGCAGCCAUUGUGAAUGGCCCUGUGGACGAGACAGAGAGGAUGCUGAGAUGAGACCUCUCUUACAGUGACGUGUCCUCAUCCCACUUAUACUGCGUUGAGAGCAGAAUAUCUGUGUAUAGUCUCAUCUAUGUUGUUCUGUUUCCUAUUUAAUCAAUAAAACAAUACGAAUAUUUGCAAGAUGA